AUGUUCCGAUUAGAAAAACAUCGAACAAAGCCGGUUGCCUUUUCUGUUCGAACUAACAUAUCAUUUGAUGCGAUUCUUCACGGUUUCGAUGCUCCAGUUCCUUCAAGGGUGGUCAGCUUUAAUAUAAAGGACUUUUUACACAUCAAAAUUCGUUUCAGUUCCCACUGGUGGAUAGGACGCCUCGUUAAAAUUGGCACUCCAUACUGCUUUAUUCCAAGCCCUGCUAAGCUUGAGUUAAUACGUGGUCGUCUACCAGUUAUCACGCAAACUCUCGUAUCUCCAGGAAAUCCCGGGGACACCGCCAGCAUUUGUGGAAAUAUUGCUGCGAGUGGAGGGCAGGGAAAUAAUGGAGCAGUAGGCCCAACAAUCCAAUCUCCAACCACACCAAGUGGAGCUUUAGGCCGUCGAAGAGAGGGUGCGUUUUUCCCAAAGGACAUAAUACUUGCUAAAUUGAAAUCAAGACCUGGAUCUUGUUUUAUUAAUAUAACUUGGAUCUUUUUAUAA